AUGACUAAAAAAUAUAAUAAACGUCCUUCUUUAAAAGAGUCAUCGGAUGAUGACAAACAAAGAAAAUAUUCACUAAUACGAAAGCUCAAGACUAAAAAGAAACAAAAGAGUAGUGAAACACAACCACCAACGAAAGUUGAUUAUCCAAAAAAUCAUACUAAUCGUAAAAAAAUCUAUCAACAAGCAAACGUUCCUGGUAGUGGAUGGUAUCAUCAAGCAUAUCAUCCACAAACGACAUCGUCAUCAAUGCGAGAUAUUCCUUAA